AAGAUGAGCGACCGAAAUACUUGCUUUUCUUCCAGGGACAUGGCAAUGCUGUGACCGAGCACCGAGCAAGCGGUUGGGAGGCCCCCCUGAGCGCUGGAUGGGCUCCUGCUGACGGCGUGGGAGCACCUGUGCGUCCCCCCGGGCACUGCCUGGCCAGUGCCCCACCCCAGCCUCCCUCCACCUGGAAUGCUGCGCGUGCCUCGCUCUGCCUCUCGCAGGACGACUCCCAGUCGCUCUGGGGCUGCUGACUGACCAAGGCUCGAGAGCAUUCGAGGUGCUGACCGUCACAUUGGGACAGCAUGUCGGGCCCCGUGCCAAGCCGAGCGAGGGUCUACGCAGACGUGAACACGCAGAGACCCCGCGAAUACUGGGACUAUGAGUCGCAUGUCGUGGAAUGGGGCAACCAGGAUGACUACCAGCUGGUGCGGAAACUGGGCCGUGGCAAGUACAGCGAGGUCUUUGAAGCCAUCAAUAUCACCAACAACGAGAAAGUCGUGGUGAAAAUCCUCAAGCCAGUAAAAAAGAAGAAAAUCAAGCGCGAGAUCAAGAUUCUGGAAAACCUUCGCGGUGGACCCAACAUUAUCAGCCUCCUGGAUAUAGUCAAGGACCCCGUGUCCCGGACCCCCGCCCUGGUCUUCGAGCAUGUCAACAACACCGAUUUCAAGCAAUUGUAUCAGACGCUGUCAGACUUCGACAUCCGGUUCUACAUGUAUGAAAUCCUGAAGGCGCUGGAUUACUGCCACAGCAUGGGGGUCAUGCAUCGGGACGUCAAGCCACACAACGUCAUGAUAGACCACGAGCACCGGAAGCUGCGUCUGAUCGACUGGGGCUUGGCCGAGUUCUACCACCCGGGGCAGGAGUACAACGUGCGCGUCGCCUCGCGCUACUUCAAGGGGCCGGAGCUCUUGGUGGACUACCAGAUGUACGACUACAGCCUGGACAUGUGGAGCCUCGGCUGCAUGCUGGCCAGCAUGAUCUUCCGCAAGGAGCCCUUCUUCCACGGCCACGACAACUACGACCAGCUGGUGCGGAUCGCAAAGGUGCUGGGCACUGAGGAUCUCUAUGACUACAUUGACAAGUACAACAUAGAGCUGGACCCCCGCUUCAAUGACAUCCUCGGCAGACCCGAUAGUGAAAGACCCCGCCAGGCUGGGCUCCUCCAGCGUGCUCUCGUCGGCCAACACGCCCGUCAGCUCCUCCAGCAUGCUGGCAGGGAUCGCCUCCAUGUCGGCCUCGCAGCCCAUCGGCAGCCUGGCCGCCUCGCCCGUCAUCUCCUCUCCGAACGCCCUGGGGUCGCCGGUCCCUGCCGCUGCCGGAGCACAGCCUUGACCGCCUCGGCGGCACCUCUGACUCGCCGCGCUGCCCGGACCCGGACCCGGCCUCGCCCCCGCCCGCCCGCCCGCCUUGCCAGGCUCAGCCCCCUGCCCACAGCAGGCAGGAGCGUGGCUGGGGGCCGGGGGCCUGCCUCUGGAAUUUGAUAUUUUUUGUUUCUGUUGAGUAUGUCAAAGAGCCAAGUGCGGGCUGCCGCCGCCGCCACCCCCCUGCGGCGACGGGGCGGACUCUGGCUACGGACGGGCUCCUCUGCCGUCUGCCGAGUAACACGAGCUGCAUUCUUCUGGGGGGGUCGCGGUUGGUGAUGCAGCGACAGUGUAGACAUCUAAACGGAGAAUAAAAUUUAUUUUCUAUGUCCCUA